AUCAACAGACAAGCAGAGAAUACCAAACCGAGACAAGCCUCCAGCACCGACACACCUACUAGUAAUACAGCUUAGAAAUGGACAAAAUAUGAAAAUGUCAGCUUGUUAAACUUGCACCUCGUAGCCUUGCAUCUCAAAUGCACAGGAGAACUAGCCGUCUUUGUAUCCUUCAACGUUUGUGCACAGGCUGGACAAUAGUAUUGCUGCGUGUGCACACCCGAGUAUAUCACGAGUGAUGGGCUUAAGUUAAAUCAGGCAGAAAAAAAUAACACAGAAUGACUGCGUGCGAUCAUUAUGGUCAUCACGCAAGGAGUCAUCAAAUUGACCGGCAAGUGCAACAUUUAGGAUAGUCUAUCUGAAGCUUCAGCAUGGGUUCUCGUCUGAGCCGUCAGAACAGUCUGGACAACGAUAAUUUUUCAAGGAGGCGCCGCAAGCAUCUCGACAGCACGGGAGAAAGCGACAGGAGUGGAAGUCGUGGCAGCGGAGACUUCUUGUUUACAUCACUGAUGCUGAAGUCGGACAAGCUACCGGGGAUGCUGCGCCGAACCAACCACAGUCCCUACGUGCGUCGAGUCACCUGGAUCCGAGAGAUCCAAAAACUGCUCCGUGAGCGCAAGCUCGAGCAGGCGACAGACGUGCUGAAAUUAUUGAGGAAGGACCUGGGUUUGGAGGGCACAUCCCUAAACGAUAUCUUAUAUAAGAAUGCAGCCUUCCUCAAUCUGGUGGAUCCCAUCUCCCACGAUUUGCUGUUAAGCCUGGCCAGAGACAUGCAGUGCCCAAAGAAGGAUGCUCAGGACACUCUGAAGUCCUCGGAUAAAAUCUGCCGGCAGCUCAUCUACCACCUGACACCGCACUCCAAGUGGCUGCGCCAGAGCAUGUCCAGGAGGAAGUCACAGGCCUGCUUGAAAAACACCCUCCAGAAGAAACAGUCUGCCGAGUCGGUGGACCUUUCGGGAAUCCCGCUCUCCACCCGCGACGUCCGGCACGUAACGCUCCACCUCCAGACCAGCGGGGCCGCCGUGUCCGCUGUGGACUUGAGCUUCUGCGAGCUGCGCGACGAGGGCCUGUGUCUACUCCUGCCCGUGCUAGCCGCGCUGCCCAAGCUCAACACACUGGCGCUCAACGGCAACCGACUCACGGUGGCUGUGGUCAAGGACCUCACUGAGACCCUCAAGGACCCCAAGAGCUUCUCGUGCCUGGCGUGGAUCGACCUGGGCAACAACGUGGACAUCUUCACCAUGCCCCAACCCUUGCUAGUGGCGCUUCGCCGGCGCUGCAGUCUCAAGAGCAGCCUGCCCACCAUCUACGAGUACACAGAGGGCCAGCCCUACUGCUACCGAAUGGAGGCCUCCAUUGAGGAGCCCAGUGUCUACGAGGAGGAAGAGGAGGAGGAAGAGGUGGAAGUUGAAGUGGAGGAGGAGGAGGAGGAGCUAGAGGCUUGGGGUAUUGCCGAGGACGUGAAGGGUUCGCCUAGUUUUACUCUGCAUUAUUGCGAAAGGUGAAUCCAACACCCCCCUUCCCCCCCGUGGCAAACACACACACCUCCCCAAUACCAUGAACAACAGCCGUGCCGACGACAAGCGGGAGUUAAAGAGGCAAAAGCAGAAAAGACAGAGAAAGAAAGGGAGAGGGAGUGAGAACGAGAGAAAGACAGAGAGAGAGUGUUACAUGUCCUUCCUCAAUCAAGCACUUCUCUCAGUCCAAAUACCUUUGACACCUUCUUUCUCCUCUAUCACUAUAGCAACUGUAAGGUCACCCCAUCGUGGCAAACAGUAAUACCAUCAGUCAAAGAGAUGUGUUACUAACAUACAUGGGACUAAAACAACUGUGUGUUCACCUCAGUAAAAAACAAAAAAAACACCCCACCGGUGACAGUUGCUGUGUGUGAUAUCUAUUUCCGGGGGGUGCCACGUGUUGGACAUGAAACACCUGCGUCAGUGACUUACUGUGUUGGUGGAUGGUGCCCCUGGGAGUGAGGUGGGGGUUCAUUUGAGGGGGGGCUAGAAGAGUCUUCCGGAAAGGUGUUCUCUUCUCCCCUCAGUCUUCUCACGCGGCGGAGCAGUGGCCGGCCGUGGUCCUGCUGAAAAAACAAAGUUCCCAAAACCGGCGGCGUGGCAAAGAUCAGACGAGACGCUCGACACUCAACCACAUGGCCCCCCCGCUGGCUCCACUGAUGGCGGAAGGUUUGGGAUGACGACCCAGCCUGAUCUGACGGCGUUCCGGUUUUUUUUUUUGUUUUUUUUUUUUGUGUUUUUUUUUCUUUUUGGUUAGCUGGGUUGGCGUGCGUUAAGCCGCGAUGAUCGUGUUUUCCCCUACAGCGUAACUGAGACCCUCACUCUGGCAGCCCACUGGGCCUAGCUUCCCUUACACUGUGCAUGCAUGUGUGUGUGUGUGUGUGUGUGUGUGUGUGUGUAUUCGCGUGAGUGUGUACGUGUGUAUUAGUCCCUGUGUGUGUGUGUGUGUGUGUGUGCUUGUGUGUGUGUAUGCUGCGCUGUGUGUGUGCUCUGUUAAUCUCUCAACAAAAGCAAUGAAACCCGCUCAACAGACUACACAGCCGACGGACUGUCACGUGACGGCCGCAAAACUGCUAAGUCAAGACUUUUGCAUUUUUCCCCCCCUUUCCAAAACGUUCACUUGUGAAUGCCCAUGCACCACUUGUGUCGUGUAGUCGUGAAUAAUGAUACAAAACAUUGCGCUGUUGUAUUCGCUAUAGGCUGUUUUUUUCACUCUGUCUUUUUUCCUUUGCAUUGUGUGUUGAUAAUGAACAAAGCAAUCUUAGAAGACAACAAGUGCAACGGAACAAAGGAUUCUCUAGUUGUGUUUGACUGUCACCUCCUUGCUUCAUUGCUUUUCUGAUGUUAUUUUCGGCUGUUUAUCGCCAUCAAGCUCAUUCUUCCUCACUCCGGGGCGAAUACUAAUGAGCCGUUGGUAGAAAAAUUAAAACUUAAUUGGCUGUUUCUUAGCUUUUGGCUAAUCAACAAAAAGGAUCAUCAGACGACAAGUUCAAAGAGAUACCAAACAGCACAUUACAGGUCAUCACUGAGCCAUUGUAGCACAAAUUUGAGUCAUGCUUUGAAUACAUUAUGUGCUGAAAGCAUCAUAGAGAGAACAUUCUCAUAAAGAUAGAAACAUCAGUGACUCCAGGGCAGAAAUAACUACUGGGGCAGAUAGUCUGAUGAUCGAGUUUAAACAAAUCGAGUUUCACAAAUAGCGAGAGACCAGUGGACCACUGAGGGUAGUUUGCAGAGGUUUUGCUAACAUGUUUAAGCAUAGUGGAACACUAGCUAAUUACAGACAAGAUACCAUCACUUUACCACUUGCAAUCAAAACACAUUUGUAUUCAAUCAUCAUAGGCUACUUCUUUGUUCAUUACAAUAACAUACCGGUUUGUUAUUUCCUUAAUAUUUUUGGCAAUGAGCUAAAAAUAAUGGUGGAUUUAUGAGUUUGUUCAUUUGGGGUGCUGCUAAACACAACCCCUGUAGCCUCCUGGCAAAAUGCUCAGCAGCCAGUCAAAUUAAAUACCUUUCUUCAGCAGCCUAAUCUGUAGCCUAUGUGCACUACAGCGUUCCUUAUGUUUCUUGUGGGGAAAAAUAAAAUUAGGCUACAGAAUGGGUCGAAUGGUAGGGAAUUAUACAGUUGAAAAUACUUCUCUGAUAAGCACACCCACUUACAUGGAAAUGUCACCUCAUACAGAGAAGUGGGCUAUUUUUAUCUUCUGUAAGUGUAGCCUAACCUUGGGACAAAAUUUUACAAAAGAAGUCCAAGAGGAAUAGGCAUUUGGGGUCUGAAACCUUCGAAACACUCCAUUAGGGGGUCCCUGUUUUCCGACACUGCUGGCAGACUGGUGUCAAGCUAUUCAACAAUAUUUUCUUUGGUCGCCGCUAGUCUUCGAUUUACGGUGAUUUGCAUUUAGCUCUUACAAUGUAAACAAUUGUUACAGUUAUAUAUCCUAUAGCUAUUGCCGUUGACUUAUUUAAGUUUUAAAAAUGAUUUCACUUUCACACUAUGUUUCAUAAAAAAGAUACACACACCAAGAAUCACAGAAAUCUAUGCAAUGGAUUUCUUGGAAAUAACUAUUAUUUCUCCUUGAGCACAUUCUGCCAUAUUUGGUUUUUGCUGGAUGGGUUUUUGGUGGUUAAUGCUAGAUCAGAUCGGUUAAGUUUAGGGUUAGGGUUAGGCUUAGUCAGUUACGAGUAUUAGUUACAAGAGCAUCAUCAGGAACGUCAUCCGGAACUCACACCCCAUUGUCCGUCCAGCAGAUCUGAUCUAGACACUACCAUUUUUGGUAGAGCUAUGCCCAACCUGCCCAAGUGAACCAGCUGCGCCUGGCUAGAAAUUCCGUUAUUGGUCGAUUGUUACAUCCAGAGCACUGUAGUCGCCCCGCCAUCUCCAACUAACACAGUAGCACAGUAGUAACACUGCAGUCUGUUGCACAAACAAGCAUACAGUGUUAAUAAACCUAACCAUACUUAACUGAGGGAAAUCAUGGAAGAAUGUGUUAUUAUAUUCUCAGAGAUUAAAAUGUAUUAUUGUAUCUCUGUGAUUAUCUGUGAAUAAUCAUUACAGAAGAAGGGCUGCACACAAGGAUCCUUCAAAUAAAUAUUUGGGCAGCCAAAUAAGGUACAUUAACCCUUAAAGGUGUACCGUCACAUCGGAGUGAUAGGAAUGUUGGAAAAU